AAACGCUGAAUCGUUCGAAUUCGAUAUCAAACGUUUACAAGUUUCCUGGAUAACUGCAUUAUUUGUGCAGUCGGCAUUAAGAAAAUUACUACGUAUCAGUGAAAACAUAUAUUUCUUUACUGUGAUUUAGAAAACGAAAUGAUUCGUGCUUUUACGAAUCAAGAUAACGGUAUACAAAUUGAGAAACUGAUUCGAAUUUAAGUGAAGUUAUAACGAAAACGGCAUGCCCCGUUGCGAUGAGCGAACUCCGCUUUUAUCGCAAAUUACAAAACGAUGGAUCCCGACCCGAGUGCUGAUCUGCCUGAUGAUGUUCACAGCCUGUUGGACGAACUACAUGUGUCGUUUGCAGAUGCCAAUCCUGGCGGUUCCGAUGAUCAAAGCUCUGCCCGGCAAUACCACAGGAGGUGCUUGCUCCGAUGAUCCGUCUCGUGUACGACGAGCGCUCUCCUGGCUGGACCCGGGGGCAUAUCUGGAAGAUCACAUUCUAGCGGAGAGACUGAAAGCGGCUCAAGAUUCCGUGGACAAAAUUCGUUUACCUAGGGACAUUACAAAGAGGGAGACAGAUUCAUCAAAACGACCCGUCUCGCUGUUCAGCGGCGAACCUUUCGAUUGGAGUCCCUCGGUCCGUGGUCAACUGAUAGCAGCGUACAGCUACGGAAACGUUCCUGGAAAUUUCCUGGGUGGUCUGAUGGCUAUGCGAUGGGGAGCGAAGAAAGCGAUACUCUGGACUUCUGUGGUAGCUGCUAUAGUGUCACUGAUAAGUCCUAUCCUAGCUCAACUGCACUGGGGAGUUUUACUAUUCACCAGGAUAAUAAUCGGUGUCACCGGAGGAGUGACAUUUCCGGCUUGCCACACUUUGGUCGCCAAAUGGGCACCGCCUGACGAGAGGGCUCGUUUCGUUUGGUCCCUACUCGGUGGUACUUUUGGUACCGUCUUCACCUACCCCAUGGUCGCUGGUAUCGCCGAGAAGAUGAACUGGGAGAACGGCUGGUACAUUCCGUCCUUGUUGAUGUUCGUCUGGAUAUUCUUCUGGUUUAUACUCACGUACGACACGCCCGCGGAACAUCCUGGGAUCUCGGAAGAAGAGAAACAGUUCAUCGUUAACUCCCAAGCGGGUACAGUGAGGACUGAAAAACCUUCGCUGGCAGAGACACCGAUCAAAGAGAUCUUCACGUCGGUGCCGUUCAUCAGUUUGAUCUUCUGCCACUUUGGCAAUAUGUUCUUGCUGUUCUUCUAUCAGAACGCGAUGAUGUUGUACCUGACGAACGCUCUGGGAUUCCAAUUGUCAAAGGGAGGCCUGGCCGCUGGUUUGCCUUGGGCAGGAAGGAUGUUCCUCGGGUUCGUCUUUAGCUGGGGCGGGGACACGCUUAAGAAAAAACAAAUCGUAUCUGUUACUGUUCUUCGCAAAGGCGCAACGGUGUUCUCUCAUCUCAUACCAGGAAUCUUCCUGAUACUAGUCGGCUACGUUGGAUGCAGAUUCGUUCUCGCAAACGUGUUUCUGGUGCUAGCGCUGGGUUUCAACGGUGCAGCGAGUAUCUCCAAUUUGUCCAACAAUCAAGAUUUGUCACCAAACUUUGCUGGAUUCCUGUACGGUAUCAUAAACACGAUCGGCGGAACAUCCGGUAUGAUUAUUUCACCGAUGGUGGAAGAAAUAGCAGGGAAACACGGGCAUGCUAUCGAAAGAUGGCAAACGUUAUUCUGGAUCGGUGCUGCAGUGUGUAUCGUUUGUAUGAUCAUCUUCAUAUUCGGCGGCAGCGGGAACAUCCAAAGUUGGAACGAAGUUCGAGCUGACCGGCAACGUCGUCAAGAAGAAGGAAGGGAGUAGCUGUUUCCUGACGUUUUUUAAAGACAUCGACGUGCUAUACUGAGUUGUGAAGUGAAAAUAAUUAGACAGGAAAGAUGAAAUUGUGAGUUGAUUUUUAACUUUGACAAGAGCUGUGUUUAUAUUAUUAAAUGUUACGAAACGUUGCCGAGUGUAACGAAGUAUCGUGAUGACGAAUAGUAUUGUAAAUAUUUUAUAAAUCUACUGACAUGUACAUGUUUUAGAUUAUGAAAUUGUUGUAAUCUCAAGUGAUCUAUUUUGUAUACCAAAUGGAGGUUUUUCUAUAUUCUAUAUAACUUAAGAUGUUUUAAAAAAAUGUGUGAUGCAAAUGUUUCGUUAUUAAAUAAACGUGUUUAAAUUAAA